GGCCGGCAAAAAUCCUCUAACUGAACCCUCCACGAGGGUGCCGGCCGGGCAAUGGGCACUGCCUAAUUUGGAUGAAACCGGCGAUACACACUUUUCAUCCAGGCAAUGCAGUGUCUAGCUAAGGUUCCGCAAAAAAUCCGGAGCCAUGGUUCAGAGGUGUUGAUGCCUGGCGGUAGGCAUAAAACGCUAGGGGUGAUUUCCUGAAUUAAUAAAUCGAAAUGGAGGUGAAUAUAGAAACAACUCGGGCUGGGAUAUCAGUCCAAACGUCGGUGGAAGAAGUGACCGCUACCACCGGCGGGCACGGGGAGGUGAUGUCCCCUCAACGUGUCGCCAGUGGUCACACCUCGUCUUUGGUGGAAGCAGGCCAAGGUCGUUGCACAGCGACUGCCAUCAAUCUAAGCGUGCCGCAAGCGAACCUCGUUCAGCCAAUAAAAAAUGAAGCAGAGUGCGAAUCGUGUGGCAAUGCCAUAGGUACCAUAGUAAUUCCAGUUCAGCCUGCCGCCCCCAAGGCCGCUAACGAGUUCUCGCUCCAAAGCGAAAGUCAAGCCGUUGCGUGUGCGGAGGCAACGGGUAUUUCAAUUUCUCCCAUACCCCAAGUCAAAGUCGAACCAGUGACACCCAAGGGCAAGCAAUUUGCAGCCAAGCCCGAAGUGCAGGCCAGUGACAAAAAGAAGGAUAAAUUCGAUGUACCAGGAGCCACUAAGCUAAGGGAUGGCAAAUAUUCGGUUGAGGAGUCGUCAGCCUACAAAAGACCGCGCUCCUCCAAGACUGAAGCGCCUGCGUCAAAGCGGCCCUGCAACCAAAAUAAAACAGCCGAUAGGAUUGAGAAUGAGGCCAGAAAGGAUGAUGAUUUGAUUGUGGCGCUCAUUGAUAAAAGCAAUUUCUCCGGUAAGAUUUCACCAAGCCAGUGGCAGUUGGUCGAGACCAAGCUGGUGGAUGCCCUGCUCCAAAGCAUGGCCAAGCCCGACAGUAUACCCGCCCGCUUUGAUGAUGCCGGUUGGCAAACUGGAGUCAAGCUUAUCGGUUGCGGAGAUGACCACGCCAUGAAAUGGCUCUCCACGACAGUGGCGGCCAUGGAUGCCCCAUGGCCAGACGCCAAGCUCGAGGUUGUCAAUAAAAAAUGGAUUCCGCCGCUUCUCAAAGCGAAGCUGACACUCCCGCGGGUCAUGCCGAGGGAGCAGGCUAUGGAUCUAUUGAAAUGGCAAAAUCCGGAUAUACCUACCGCUGACUGGCAAGUGGUUACUGUCAAGCCCGACAGCAAGGGCCAAAAGAUGGUACUGAAGAUCACCAAGGAGUCCAAUGAGCUGCUUUUAGCUAGACAUGGAAAGAUGGCCUGGGGCAUGAGCACCGUGCGGGUUCACGUUAAAAAACGCCACAGAGAAAAGAACGCUGCUGCUGCUGCUGUUGCUGAAGUGAAGCUGGAGUCGGCUCCGAAAACUGCUCAAGGACAGGGAGCUGGAAAUACGGCCGUUAUAGAAAAUCCGAAAAACAAGCUCGUGGAGGAUCAAAAUAUGCCGGAGUUACCUGACAGCAGUGUAGCUGCCAGUACAAUAGUUCAACAAACGUAGCCAGUAGUUGUCGAUGGGGGGUUUUUUUUUUUAAACGUGUUCUUUCACAGUCUCUUCCAACAGCCUUGGGUGGAACGCGAGGCGGAAAAUCUUUUUAAGCAGACCUCGUCGGCUUACAGGCUGACCAUAUAUCUCUUCCAUCAAGCAAACGGAAUACUUAUAUAUUCUUUAUUGUGUGCCUUAAAAGCAAACAUCAAAGUACAUACGCCCACUAGUUGGGAAUUAUAACAGUUCUUUCUCAGACAUUUAAGACUAUUAUAUUUAUUAAUAAAUAAG